GACGUCAGAGACUCCAGCGAAGUUAACACCAACUCCUCACCGCUCGCUCUCCGCUUAACUCACGGUCCAUGGAUCAGUCCGCUCCACUUUCACUGGAUCUGUAGCGCAGCGAGCAUCUCCAGGACCGAGAGAAAGCUUCCAUCAUCAGUCCGCGGACAGGGCUCCACUAAGAUGCAGCUACGACUGUGCUGAGCAGCAGCAGCUCCACUGCUCCGAACACACGUCCACCAGGCAGAGCUACUGGGUCAGGGAGUCGGUUCUGCUCCGGGGCCAUGUGUGGGUCCAGCCUCCUGUGUCUGCUGCUCUGGAUGCUCGUCUCCAGGUCGCACGCUGAUGUUGUCGCCGUCCCGGGCCUCACCGCCGAGGCGGGUCAGCCCCUCACCCUCGGCUGCAACGUCACGCUGGCGGCAGGCGCCACUCUGCAUCAGGUGCGCUGGCUCCACAAGCGCAAGGCGCUGUUGUCGUACGUGCAAAGCGCUCCCGUGCGCGUCAGCCAUCAGGAGGCCGACGUGGAGCUCAGCGCCCACCACAGCACAGGCAGCUACAUCACCAUCAGGAAGCUGCGGCCCGAGCACGAGGGCUGCUACAGCUGCGUCUUCGACGUUUACCCCACAGGUCAGCAAAGGAACCGGACCUGCGUCACGGUCACCGGCAAAGUGCACGUGGAGGGCAACAAGACGGCCGUGGGCGGGAGGUCCGCGACCCUGUCCUGCUGGUACAGCCUGCCCGAGAACGUGGAGCAGGUGCUGUGGAGGAAGACGGCGGAGCAGGGCGACACCACGCUGCUGGCCUCCUACACCAAGAGAGGCCACCACAAGGUGCACGAGCCCUUCGCACAGCGCCUCGGCCUCAGCAGAACUCUGGGCGACAGCCGGCUGAGCAUUGGGCCGGUGAGGACGGAGGACGAGGCCUGCUACACCUGCGAGUUUCACACCUACCCGGGAGGCAAGAGGAGCAGCACCGCCUGCCUCUCUGUGUACGUUCUACCCAAACCCGAGGUGACCUCUGUGACCUCGCCGUCCGGGGUCACAGAGGCCAACUGCACGGCCCAGUCUCGCCCCGCGGCCGAGAUCACGUGGAACGUCGGCGGUGACAACCGGACUCUGGGGCCGCCCGUCUCAUCAGAGUACCCGCAGGGCGACGGCACCACGGUGGUGACCAGCACGCUGCUCUACCAGUCGGGGCUGCUCAGCGACCUCUAUGUCAAGUGCAUCGUGCACCACCGGGGUUUGGAGAAGCCUCUGGCGGUGUCGCUCUACGCAAACAUGGGUCCGGCCAUGGUGAUCCUGCUCUCGGUGUGUGGGGUGGCGGCGGUUCUCCUCCUCUGUCUGUGUGUGUGUCUCUGCAAGUGCUUCGUCUGCGUCAACGACUGAUUGGGCGCCGGCGUCUCUGCUGCUCUGAUCCAGGUCCAGCGGCGCUCUGAGCCGGACCUACUGUAGCUGCUCAGCACCGCGCACACGGAGGACGGGAGCAGAGCCCAUCCAACGCCGCUGGUUCUGUCUUUUACGAGCUGGGCCGAUCCUGCUAGUCCAGAAACAAGCCGCAAAGCUACAGGCACAGUAUUUACCGCUAGUUACUCUUGUCAUAGAAGAAGGAGAAGAAAGGCACAGUUACUCAGUCAUCAACACAGCAGUGUUAAAGAGUGGAAUAAGUUAUUUUUUUAUUUUACGUUUUCUACAUUUCUUAAAAAAGGCCUUCAGACAAACUUUAAAUCACUACUAAAUGUUUUUUUAUUGUGUAUAAUUAUGUCAUGUAGCAUAAUUUAGGAGGAACGUUAAGUUGAUUAGACUUUCCUACAACUUUAUUUCUCAGAGCCUCAACACUGUGUGGGUGUGAGCUAAUUAACAGUCAAAUACCCACAAGGGUCAUCAGAUAUUAACUGACAUUUAGUACAUGGAGGAUGUGAUGAUGAGUGUUUGGCGACUUUUUCCCACCUGGAAACUCUCUAUUUUUAGCUAAACACACAUCAACGUUGAUUAGAAGCCUGAGCGCCGCAUUGAAACUACACGUUCAACUUAAGGUUGGACAGAGGUUAAACUCCAACCGUUUGCUGAAGCAUCCCUUGACUCACGCUGAUGGAACAAACGCUUGGUUAUUUAUGGCAGCUGUGGCGCAGAAUGUGCACAGAGUGAAAUCUGUACAGGAGGUUUUGGUCAUGUGCGAGUUUGUAAAGUUUAGCGCCUCACAAGUGCGUCAAUGAAACCCGUCAAAUGUUAAUUCAGAUUUCUUCAUUAUAAAGUCAUCUACGAGUGAGAGCAGGCAAAGGGUUUCCACCACAGGUAGGCGGGCAGCAGGUGUGUGUGUGUGUGUGUGUGUGUGUGUGUGUGUGUGUGUGUGUGUGUGUGUGUGUGUGUGUGUGUGUGUGUGCGUGUGAAACUGUAGAUUUGGUCUUGUUUUGACUUUGUCAGUCUUACAGUGACAGACUACAGGGAAGUUAAUAUGUAGAAAAACCUAUGAAGUAUUAAAGGGACUUUGUUGAAGCUCACACAUUAGCAUGUACUGAAGUCAUUUAUUUGUAUAUAUAGAGGGUUGUAAUGUUUAAAUCCUACAUAGAAACUCACCAAAUACACUAAACCUGCUGUAAAACUCAUAUUUUCACAUUUUCACAGUAUUUUGUUUGUUGUUACUGGCACAGAGUGGAUCUGACCCACAACGAAGGAAUAAAUGCUGAACCUUUAUCCCUUUUGUUUCUCUUUGUAAUAUUGUAAUAUGCAUUUUGAUGUUUAAUAAACACGACUCUGUGACUCCG